AUGCUCUUUUCGAGUCCAAUUCUUGGGUCAAAGUCCAACUGUCUAUCCAUCAUGAAAUUCUCAUCCCUCGUCACCAUCGCCGUCGGCGCCCAAGUCGCAGCAGCUGUUGACUGUGUGGUAUCCAACGCGAGGCCAGGUCCAAAAGCCUAUUUUGACAGUGGCAAGGUGUUGUACAGUCCUGCUUACAAAGUACAAUCCAUCUCAUCCAAUACUUUCUCUCUAUUCUAUUCCCCCCCGUCUACUGGCACGUCAUCUGGAACCCUAAGACUUCAAAACAUUACUACGGGAAACCGCUUAGUUAUCUGUCCCAAGUCUGGAAGCGCCAAGACGUGUUUCUGGCUCAAUCCCGAUAGCCAGUGCACUUCAAGGCUAAAGUACAGGAACGUGGACGGAUUUGAGGUCUUCGAAGCUUAG